AUGAACAGCCGUCAAAACGCCAACUUGCCCGUCGACUUGGCCGAGCGAGGCCAUGCAUCUCAGCCUCUUUAUCCCCCGCCGUCGCCAUCAAUUCGUAGCCGAGUUAUUAGAGAAAUAUUCGGCAGCUCGAACGCGAAUAAUCCUCAUCUGAACUCGGGACUUUCCAUGUUCUGCGACCAUUUGCAGGAGCACUGCUUUCCCCAGUUCGGUAGCUUCGACACGGAAGUCUGGACCGCGUUGAACCGCCCACCUCCCUCAACCCCCGCGGGUCAAUGGGAAUGGUGCAUUGCAGUCGUCAGAGCCUCCAGUCGCCUGCCUGUCUCUCAUGAUCUGCAGGUCAAAGCCCUGGUAGCUGAAUUGCUGCACGACGCGACCAUUAGACCGGGCGGCUUGAGUGUGCAACAAGAGAUCGCCAUCGCGGACGCGGCGACAGUCACCCUUUUCUGGUUAUCAGCCGCCUUCAUUUUCCCUUUCAAUGCUAAUGGGAGGCUCUCGUUGCUGGACUCUUUGUUCCCUUCAACCGCGGACUCUCAAAUGCUACUUGAAAAGAGUUUGUUCGAGGUGUACGAGAUUCUCCAUUGGAGAAGUUCGCGAUACAACUUAAUGUCAGUGUCCGCAGCUGGUAAAGACGACAUGUUGUACGAACCUCGUUUAGGGUAUGACUCUCUUGGACGAUACGGAGGUAUCCGCUUGAAGUGGGUAGAAACUCUGAGCGACCAUCUCUCUCUCGAUACGAGGAAUCGCACUCUCUCCAUUUUCAAGUUUCCUUCGCUCUGUGCGGCCAGGGUUCUGAGGCACAAUGACUUUGUCAUGGACAAUGCUAUUACGAACAGGGCGAUGGAACGCUUCUCGAUUCGGUCAGCAGACGAUGUAGACGGCCAUAUGUGUCAGGAAGUAUUACUAUCCUACCGAUUGUUAUUUGGUCAAAACUCUGCGGCGAGAAAAUUGCUGAAGAAAGCUCUCGAGGGCGAAACCUCCGUGGAUCCUUUCUUGAUGCAAUUUACGAAGAGCAUACCAAAAUGGACGGUCUCUCGAUUCUGGCCUACCAAGGGCAAAAUGCCGUUUGAUAGCUCUCUCUUGCCCGAGCGCUUUCGAAAAAACGAUGGCUCGAUCAUGGAAUGGGGAACGUAUUCCGCGUCGAUUGAUUUCCCGAUUUAUGGAGAAAAGCUUCAAAACAUCCAGACCUACGGGAGCAACCACCCCGCAACAAGCUUCAUGGAAUACUUGUGGGAUCGCAGGUACCCGGUCCAGCAAUAUAGUGCCUGGUUGGCAGUGAAUGUUGGCUUAGUGACUACUGUGGUUGGUGUGGGGCAGUUGGUAAUGUCCUCUGUCGAUGUGGCCACUACCCGAUAG